UUCUUCCCCAACGAUUGGCUAACCUCCUCGCGCUGAUAGUCAUCUUUAUUAUCCAACUGUUGUAAGUCUCUUUCUAUCACCGGAGGAAGAUUCUUUACCUCUCCAGAUUCCUAGACCAUCAGAUACAUAGGUGAGACAUGCCUGCGGUCCCCUCCCUUAAAGACAGCAGCGUCCUGGGCCCUGUGUGCCCGCACGCUGCCAGGCUACGCGUCACCAACGGCAAUGGGGACGCCAACGGAUCCUCCAAGGUCCAGGAAGGGCUGUUACAACUCCCAACCAAGGGGGGCGUCAGAGACAAGCUAGAGGUGGACGUGACUGGAACCAUCCAGGCGGUGGGGGAGAGGAAGUGGAUCCGUCCCGACCUUCCCAGCCGGUGCACCUGGAGACUGGGGGGCAACCACGCCGACUCCCCCCACACCCAUCCUCAACAGACCAAAGCUCCUAAAAUCCUCACCAACAUCCUCCGGAGGAUCGGUGACACCCCGCUGGUGCGCAUGAACAAGAUCCCCAAGACCUUCGGCCUCAAGUGUGAAGUCUUGGCCAAGUGUGAGUACUUCAACGCGGGCGGCAGUGUGAAGGAUAGGAUCAGUCUGCGUAUGGUGGAGGAUGCAGAGAGGGCAGGACAUCUGAAACCAGGAGACACCAUCAUAGAACCCACCUCAGGCAAUACAGGUAUCGGUCUGGCUCUGGCUGCAGCUGUGAAGGGUUACCGCUGUAUCAUUGUCAUGCCUGAGAAGAUGAGCAUGGAGAAGGUGGAUGUUUUGAGAGCCCUGGGCGCAGAGAUCGUCCGUACUCCCACCAGCGCUCGUUUCGAUUCGCCAGAGUCUCACGUGGGCGUGGCUUGGCGUCUGAAGAACGAGAUCCCCAACUCUCACAUCCUGGACCAGUACCGUAACCCUAGUAACCCCCUGGCCCACUAUGACACCACAGCAGAGGAGAUACUGGAGCAGUGUGAUGGGAAAGUGGACAUGCUGGUGGCAGGCGCUGGCACAGGCGGCACCAUCACUGGCGUUGCCCGCAAACUGAAGGAGAGGUGCCCAAACAUCCAGAUCAUCGGUGUGGACCCUGAAGGCUCCAUCCUGGCAGAACCAGAGGAGCUGAACAAGACAGACAAGACCCAGUACGAGGUGGAGGGCAUCGGAUACGACUUCAUCCCCACUGUACUGGACAGAUCAGUGGUGGAUAGCUGGUACAAGUCCAACGAUGAGGAGUCCUUCAACAUGUCCCGUAUGCUGGUCAGAGACGAGGGCUUGCUGUGUGGUGGCAGCUCGGGCACGGCCAUGGCAGCAGCGGUGAGGGUGGCCAAGGACCUGAAGGAGGGCCAGCGGUGUGUGGUCAUCCUGCCAGACUCCAUCCGCAACUACAUGACCAAGUUCCUGAGUGACAAGUGGAUGUUCCAGAAAGGCUUCCUGAAGGAGUCAGACAUCAUGGUAAACAAACCCUGGUGGUGGAACCUGAAGCUGCAGGGGUUGAACCUCUCUGCCCCUCUGACCGUCCUGCCCACGGUCAGCUGUCAGAAGACCAUCAAGAUCCUGAAGGAGAACGGCUUUGACCAGGCCCCUGUAGUGGACGAGGCUGGGCUGGUCCUAGGAAUGGUUACUUUGGGGAACAUGCUAGCCUCUGUGCUGGCUGGGAAGAUCAAACCCUCAGACCCAGUCAACAAGGUGAUCUACACCCAGUUCAAACAGAUCCGUCUGACUGAUAACCUGGGGAAGCUCUCUCGUAUCCUGGAGACGGACCACUUUGCCCUGGUGGUACACGAACAGAUCCAAUACUUGACGGACGGCUCCCCCAGCCUGAAGCAGAUGGUGUUUGGUGUGGUAACGGCCAUCGACCUGCUCAACUUCGUCACGGCCAGGGAGAAGAGGGAGAGGUCCUUCUCUGAGUGCAGUGACCUGUGACCGUGUCCCCGUGACGGCUGGGGUCAUGUGCGCACAAACACCUCGUGUACACACACACAUGGAACACGUUAAUUACACCUACAGCUCACAGCCAUACACAAACACACUGUGAUAUUAACGACAAUAUAAAGAAUGAGGUCGUAUGAACUUGAUUGGUGGACAAACUGUUGUUGCUGCUUUCUCAUGACAUGUGAGUCAUUUAGCAGAUGCUCUUAUCUAGAGCGACCUACAGAUAGUGAGGACAUACUGUUCCCCCCCCAACUGGUCCCCCGUGGGAAUCCAACCCAUUUUCAUACUGUUCCCCCCCAACUGGUCCCCCGUGGGAAUCCAACCCACAACCCAUUUU